UCCCUCCGCGGGGACGGCCGGGACCGAGCGCGGCGGCGGGCGGGAGCGGCCGGACGGCGCGGGAGCGCGGGGCUCAGAAGUUUCCACGCACCUGUGAGGGGACCAGCAGGAGCCAAGAGAGGAGUCCGAACCCCACCGACGGUCCGCGGGCCGGCGGCCGCCAUGUCCAGCCCCUUCCUGAAGCAGGUCUUCAGCAAGGACAAGACCUUCCGCCCCAAGCGCAUCGAGCCGGGCACGCAGCGCUUCGAGCUGCACAAGCGGGCGCAGGCGUCGCUGAACGCGGGGCUGGACCUGCGGCUGGCCGUGAAGCUGCCGCCCGGCGAGGAGCUGCACGACUGGGUGGCCGUUCACGUGGUGGACUUCUUCAACCGCGUCAACCUGGUCUACGGCACGGUGAGCGACGGCUGCACCGAGCAGUCGUGCCCGGUCAUCGGCGGCCCCAAGUACGAGUACCGCUGGCAGGACGAGCACCGCUUCCGGAAGCCCACGGCGCUGUCGGCCCCGCGCUACGUGGACCUGCUGAUGGACUGGAUCGUGCAGAUCAACAACGAGGAGCUGUUCCCCACGAGCGUGGGCACGCCGUUCCCCAAGAACUUCCUGCAGGCCGUGCGGAAGAUCCUGUCGCGCCUCUUCCGCGUGUUCGUGCACGUGUACAUCCACCACUUCGACCGCAUCGCGCACAUGGGCUCCGAGGCGCACGUCAACACCUGCUACAAGCACUUCUACUACUUCGUCACCGAGUUCGGCCUCAUCGACACCAAGGAGCUGGAGCCGCUGAAAGAGAUGACCGCGCGGAUGUGCCACUGAGCCCGGCCGGCCGUGCAGGAGCCCACGGCGCGCAUGUGCAGCGCCGCCUCCGGGCCAGCGCGGCCGUCCGGGAGGGAGGAGACGCGCUGUGGACGCCAGCUCCGCCGUCACGGCCGCGAGGGCGUCUGCCUGCCGGAGGUACGACCGGGACCCGGCUGCCUUAGCCAGCUUCUCCGCGGAUUGCUCCGGAGCCGCGGGCUCGGGGGCCGAGCUCCUGGGACCGGACACGGAGGGACGGGGCCGCCUCCCCGCCCCCCCAGGAAGCGCCAGUGCCUGCUGUGGGCCCAACAAGUGCCGUGCACACUGCACACGUCCUCACCGCCUGCCCCAAGCCCGGCGCCUUCCGGGACGCCGGCAGCGCCAGGACCGGGUGACCGGAUGUGCCGCCUUCGGGGAGGGCCUGGGGCUGGGGUCCCCUCUGCCUCGCUCCACCCCCCCACAGACAUCAGAAUAAACUGCCCUC